CGCGCGGGCCGCCGGCGCACACCAGACGCCUCCUGGCUGGAGCGCCGCGGGCACCGCCACCCUGGGCACCGCCACCACCGACGCCCGAACACCUACUGUGUGCUGCACCGGAACUCUCAUCGCUCAGCUUUCAUGCAGCCUGGGAGGGAGAUGGCAUCUCCCCAUUUCCCAGGUGUGGAAACCGAGGCCAGGCCGGGAGCUGGUGGCUGGCGCAGGGCUGUUUACCGGAAGCGGGCCAGCUGUGUCCUCCGAGGCCUGCAGGUGUCCUCACGGCGUGGGGGCGGCUGUCGGCACAGGGAGAAGACAUGUCUCAAGCAGGACACCUCUCCAGGAGCCUCAUCUUGUGCACCUUCCUGCAGGAGCACGGGCUGCAAGCGGCGGAGGAUCCCGGCGUGACCAGCCUCCUCCAGGACUCGCCGGAGCCCCUGGGAGCCCUCCCUCACGAGGUGGCCAUGCGGCUGGCCUUCAUUGGGGACGAGUUGGAAGUGAGAUGGACGCUGCCCCGCUUUGCCCACGUGCCCUGGAUGGCCAUGUACAGCUUCGUGCACACCUACAACCAGACCGGUCUGAGGGUGGUCCUUACCAGCGUUAUGGGUGGCCUCCCUUACCUCAGGGGGAACAGAAGGUUCUGGAGCUUCCUGAUCCUCAGGGCCUGGGUGUCCCCCCGCCAGGGACGGGGGCGCAAGCUGUCCGGGCUGCUGCUGCUGGCGCUGCUGCUAGACUGGGGCCUGCACCUCCUCCAGUGACGCGCUGCUGGCCAGCGCGGGGGGGCUGGCCCUCCCCCACCACCACCCUGGAGGUGGCCUUGUUGGUUUUGUCUUUUUAACUGUUUUCUUAUGAUCCCUUUUUUAUAUUUAAAUCCUGAGUGCUGGGACACUCCUGAGGUUUCAUACGUGUUUUUUUGGUUUUGUUUUUUGUAAGAGAAAUGAAUUAUACCUCUGGGAUCUUCAUGGCUAACUGUUCUCCUGGCCCCAGGAGCCAUCCUCUCCUGUGGGCCACGCAGCAGGCGCUGGGGGAGUGCUGGUCACACCCGUGUCUGCGGUGCCCACAGAGAAUCUGCUGGAGUAGAUUUUGAGGGGUGAGGAGAGUCAAUAAAAUGUUGGUUUCCAUU